UUUCCUCAUUCGAUUUGGGGACACUGGCUUAAACGAACCGCGCCGCCCGCACCGAGGUGCAGUAGUUAAACAAUGCCCCGACCGGUUGGGUGUGCGCGUCGCGGCUAAGAACGAGGACGAGUAGUUCGAGAUCGUUUAGCGUCUCGUUAUGAGGCUCGCAGGGUGAUUGACACGGUUCGCUUAACGCGCUCGUGUUUCCGCGUGUUCGGUGCGUGUUCGGCCUGCUUCUUAUCUCACGUCGCGUCCCUCCAGGUACGUCCGCAGGAUGGCCGUGGAACCUCGUGUGACCGGGAACGCGAAGCCCCUGGUGCCGCUCUUCACCAAGGCAUCCGAUUGCGUCAACACCAGCUGCUACUGCGAAGAAAACGUUUGGAAGCUUUGUCAAGACGUUGCGACUAGACAUCCUUCCGAAUUGCAGCAUUGUCACGUUGUUUUCGUAAGCAACCCACGACGAAGCGUUCCCCUUUGGCGCCAACGAUCGGGGAAGGAUGAAGACAAAUUAGUUGUGUGGGACUACCAUGCUAUUCUCAUCUACGCACCCGACGAAAGGGCGGUGGUGUAUGAUUUAGAAAGCUGCCUGCCGUUUCCCACGCAUUUCUGGAAGUACGCGACCGAAACCUUCCGAUCUGACGAGGCACUUCGGCCCGAGUAUCACAGAAGAUUCCGUCUGGUGCCCGCCAGCGUGUACUUACAACAGUUCGCAUCGAAUCGGCAUCACAUGAAGCGCAAGGAUGGUACUUGGAUCAAGACACCGCCAGAUUAUCCUCCAAUAUCGACACCAACUUGCAAGGAUAAUCUCGACUCAUUCAUCAACAUGGAACUAGGAACCGGACUAGGUGUUGUAAUGAGUUUGAAACAACUAGUUAACCGAUUUUAUAGGCCAAAUGUCAACACACAGGCUCCGACGCCGCCUCAACCGCAAGCUACAGCAACUUAAGUCGUGAAUUGCAGCGCGACGUUCGUACGCUUUGAUAAAACAUCUUGGAAAUCAAUUGUAUGGCCUAAGGGAAUUGGUUUGGUGCAUGCACCAUUGUGGGCUAAAAUACUUGAUCGAAAUUUGAUAAUAAUGUUAGUUCAUUGUUGCUAACGGCAGAAUUUCAAAUAUAAAGUCAUUGUAUUGCUAUUUGAGCAGGGUUUGCUCAAAAAUCGAGCUGAAGCCGAGGUGGUUUUAGCAAAAUUAAAUUUAUUAUCGCGUUGUGAUACUUUUGUCAAAGUUUUUGUUAUA